AUGGAUCAUCACGACGCGCUAGACACCGACUCUCCCUUCCUGAUGAACGCCAUGGACGACGACGACCACGAUCCGCGCGCGGCGCUGGACGACGACGCCGACACCGCCUCUGCGCGUUCAAUCUCGCUCUCUUCGCCCUCGCACUCGCGCAAACCUUCGGCUUUCGACUUUGAUACGCAUGUGGAUCCGUACGGAGGGCUUGACCAGCAUACCGAUACGAAUACUAUUUCUACGACGGAUAAUGACCGCGACGACGCGAGUUUCGCGAGGACGAGCUCGGUCACCUCGCCCGAACCGUCUACAUACGGGGCGGAGACAUAUUCGAAACAGGACAUGUUGGAGCCGUCGGAUAGCGCCGCGACGGUGACGUACCCGCCGCCGCCGUUACAACCCGCGUCGUCGAGGGAAUCUGUACAGUCGUUUGCCACUUCCGGCUCGAGCAGGUCAAGAAAGGCAAGACCGGAGAGCAUGUUGCCCGGUGCACAUGACGGGCCGAUCGUGCUCGGCAUUGCUUUGGUGGACUUCAACCAUCUUGUCGGACCAAGGAUUGAGUUUUCGGAGGGAGACGUAUUCGAGGACGAGGAGAUAGCCAAGAUCCUGCCCUUCUUGGCUUUACCCGACGGCGCGCACCUAAGCUCCGAAGACUACUCGUACUUCCACCUCGUGCCCGUCUCGCCCACGCCCACCACCGUCUUCGGUAUAUCAUGCAACCGACAGAUCGCCACGAGUGCAUUGUUGGUCAAGGAACCGGACAUGACGAGGAGUACGGUGCAGAAAGCCGUUGUCGUCCUGGCGAGUAAGCCUGUGUUUGGGCCUAUACGAGAUCGGUUGGGUGUCAUCACCGAAGCGCUGUUCGAGCAGAAGGACUUCACAGACAAGAGCAUACUGUCCGCCUUUCACGAGUCAUUGGAGCCAUCACUACGAUCACAGCUCACUGAGAGCGGACUUUACAUGGGCACCAACCUCCAAGAACUCGUCCGCCAAUUCCGACACCGGACGCUCGUUCUCGUCAAAGCCCUCAUGCUCCAACGCAAGCUCAUGUUCUACGGCCACCCUGUCGAAAAACUAUGCACAUAUCAAUACUCGCUCGUCUCGCUCUUCCCGGGUCUGUUACAGACGUUGGAAGAUUCGGGCUCGCCGCCUCUGGCGAGUCGAGCGGCGGGUUUGAGCGGGCCGCCGAGUACUUUGAAGACGAGCGAUCGGAAGAGUAUGCUGCAGUUUGUUGGCUUUCCUUUGGAUUUAUUCGGCAAGAACGCGUUCUUCCAACCCUACCUCCCCCUCCAACAACUCGACCUCAUAAAAUCCCAAACCCAGUCCUUCCUCUGCGGUUCGACAAACUCGAUCGUCACCCAAUCCAAAGACAUCGAGCUAUUGGUGAACAUUGAGACGGGCGCCAUCGAGUUCCGCGAUCCCAAGGUCGAGCGCAUAUGCGCUUUAACCGCCGCGGAUAGGAAGUGGGUGGAUGAGGUUGUGAGAGACGUUACGGGCGAGGAGGGCGCGAGGGGGAUGCAGAGGUUCAAGGGCAGUGACGAUUAUAUGCGCCAGAAGUUCGAAGAAUAUAUUCAAGCUGCUCUUUCAUCCGUCAAAUACGGCGACUUCUUGGCCAAGGGGCAGGCUGGAGGGGUUAUCAUUGCCGACGCGGGCGACGCGAAUGCGCAAAUCGACUUCAACCCGCUCUGGAUUGCCGAAUUCAAGCGCACGAACGCGUACGAAGUCUGGAACCGCGUCACGGACCCCAUGCUCUUCGACAUCGUCGAGCCGCGCCACCCAUGCGGCGAGAAACCGAGCGCCAUAGCCGAUAUCGGGCUCCGACUGUCAGAAGGGAUCCAGGACCUGAAGCUCGAGCAGCAGCUUGCGCCUGCGAGGGAGGCUGUGAGUAGGACGUUCGCGGCGGGGAGCAAGAACUUCUUCAGUGCUGUCGAGGGCGUCAGGGGACGAUGGGCCGCAUCCGCUGCCGCACAGAAGAGCCCGCCUACCGAGGUGCCGCCUCAAGCUGCAACGACCACAACCAGUCCGCCGGCGUCCAGCGCGGCAAGCACGAGCACUAUCGAGGUCAUCACGAAGAGCGAGGCGGAGGGUGCACCGCCGGUCCCGGCUGCACCUCUAUCUCCCGACUUGAAAGCGACGGUCUCAUCUGCGGGGGAGAGGUUGAGUACGUGGGGCGCGGGCAUCGGGUCGUUCUUCGCUCGCCAGCGGGGUCCUGUGUCACCCGGGGGUACCGUCCCACCAUCUCCGAACCCGGAGGCUGGUCCGUCCACGGCGACCCUCGCACAGCCCACUCCUGCGCCCGCAUCUGCUACGCCAUCAAGGCUAUCUUCCCCGCCUACAGCUGGAGGAAGUAAGCUGAAAUCAUUCAGAAUGUCGACACACGGAUCGGUUCUAAAUGACCCCUCCCUUGACGCCCUCCGCCGUCCUACAUCACCCGGAUCCGCACCCGCAACGGCACGAGCGCGGAGUUUCAGGAUGAGCUCUACGUCGCCGAGACCGCAGUCUGUUGCAGGUGGGAGCGAUAGCGGUGGGGGAGGAGGGGGACAUGGUGUGAUGACGGAUGCGGCGUUGACGGCUAGUCCGAGGGGGUCGGCGAGUGCGUUGAGUGAUGAGGGGGGAGUGUCGAGGAGGACGUCGGGAGAGAGCGCGGCUGCGUUUGGGAUGGCCGUGUAG